AGUCUCGCGUGAGGUGCAUGCCUAUCGAGAGGGGCUAGUGUGAGGGGAAAAGUGGUAAAUCGUACGAUUGAUGCACUUGUAAUAAUAGAGCAAAUUGGGUUUGGUUAGAUCACAGUUCGCCAAGUAUUUGUAAAAAGCCUACAUCGAUUGCAGGGCUUCGGGUUGCAGAUUGCAUUUUCUUUCGCUGCGUGACGCAUAAGACGGUCCAAGUGGGCAAGUGAUACGGUUAAAUCUUCGAUGGCUAUGCUAUUGCUAGCCCCUUAGCUUUGUUUACAUCUAAUGCGCGCCUGCUGGAUAAUUUCCGACCGCAAAAAUUGGGAAUUUUAACUUUAGUUCUUCAAUUUAUCUGACAGUCCAUGCGAAAGAAAAUGCGUCGGAUAGUAUGUAGACUCUAUGGCUGCUAGAGCUGGGUGGUGCACCGCUAUGAAUCCCGUGGAUGCAACCGCUCUGUAUGUGUCUGCCACCCGGGCAGUGCUGCGGUGCGACCCGCUGCAGCCUCAGACCUUCGCAGAGAUGUACAAGCAGCUACCCUUCUUCCGACAGUCCCUCGCGUGUCUCGUCUGUGGCAAACUCCUGGAGGACCCCAUUUCCCCAACACACCCAGAGUGUCAGCAUUACGUCUGCUUGGGCUGCAAAGGCCAGAAGAUGCAGAUCAGGUCGUCGUGCAACCGCUGCAAGGACUACUCCUGCUUCCAGGAGAACAAGCAGCUCUCUUUACUGGUGCAGUGCUACCGACGGCUCUGCCUCUACAUAACUCAUUCGCCGCUGCUCAAGUCGAUCAGCAGCCACGUGGGAGGCUCUCCGGAGGUCAUGACCUUGUUGGAGGAGGUGCUCGUGUCGCACAAAGAGGACACCGAGCAUCCGGGGUUAGCCGAAGAGGAUGUGAAUCUAUCUGCUCCAGAGUCCCUCACGCCCACGGAGGCGCCGCCCGCUCCAGCGGAACUCUCCGCCGUCCCUCAGAGCUCCUCCUCGGAGCCUCCGUGUUUCAACGGACCGGCGGAUUGCAACGGACAAGCGCUGGAGGACCCGUCUUCCCCCGAGCUGGAAGUGUGUGAGGUGGUAGAGGAGCAGCAGCAGCAUCAUCAUCUAGGUCUGUCUGUGUCUGAAACCGCCUGCAGCGGUCUAGAACUGGGUCUGAGCACUGGACCUUUAACCCCAACGAUAGGCACUGUGUGCUCACUCAGGGAGGGGGAAUCAAGUACCAGGGAGCUGGAGGAGGGGGAGGUGUUGCUGCUCAGCGUAGAGGAGGUGCUACAAACGCUGGAUCCCCUGCAGCCCGACCGGGACGCUCUUCACACACACCCGGAAAGGACACACAUCGCCACGGACAAAACGCACACUCACAUGUACAUACAGCUGGACGCAGCCCACAACUACACCCAGAUCCACACGGGCAGGACUCACCCGGUGGCGCACCACGGCACUCACACGCACCCUUCUUCCUUCGACCCGUCUCCCGCCUCCAAACCCCAGCAGGCCCGGCCCAACCGGAAGCGCUCGCGCUCCGAGAGCGACAGGGAAAAGGUGAACCCCGUCCCCAUCACCUCCAUCCUCCACGACUCGUCGCCCCAGUCGCACACUCCGACCCCCGCUCACACUCAGCACACGAAGCUGCCCAUGCCUCCCCUCGCAGUUCCGGCGCACACGUACUCGUCAUUUCCCAACGGCGCGUUCCCCAAGCACAGCCGCCCCGCACAGAACCACACCAAAGGCGCCAGGAAACACGUGGACCAGAGCUCCAAGAAGCCCCACGCCAAGGCCCGCAGCGGCGGAGGCUCCAAGACGAAAGACCGGAGCAAAGACCAGCGGCCGAUGUCGGGCUGCGUCCUGCCAACGCCGCCCGUCAGGCCUCCGUACAAGAAGCCGGUGGAGAAGAAGGGCUGCAAGUGUGGCAGGGCCACUCAGAACCCAUCUGUUUUAACCUGCAGGGGGCAGCGAUGUCCCUGUUACUCAAACCGCAAGGCGUGCUUGGACUGUAUCUGCCGGGGCUGCCAGAACUCCUAUAUGGCCAACGGCGAGAAGAAACUGGAGGCCUUCGCCGUGCCCGAGAAGGCCCUGGAGCAGACGCGGCUCACCCUCGGCAUCAACCUGACCAGCAUCACGGCGGCCGCGGCUCUCCGCAACCCGGCGACCACCAGCAUCCGCGCCAACACCCUCCUCAACGUCGCCACGGCGACGGGGACUCCCGUGACCACGGCCUUUCUGUCCGCCAGCCCGCCGCAGGAUGCUAACUUUGACGACAGCUUGGAGCUGCUGAUUGGCUGAUGGGCAGAAAAUCUGAAAAGCAAAACAAACACAAAACAAACGACAACACAGCGCGGUGCUGAUUGAAUGUGACGGCUGAUUAUCCACCCGUUUCCGCCGGCUCCCUCUUAGGGAGGACUCGACUCAUGGCAGCUAUGUGUCUGUCCUGUUCUGUAACCUGCUGGUUUUCUGUUCUGGAAAACGCUGACUAGUGAGAUUAGCAUGGGUGUGCCAAAGCCUCCUGUAUCGUGCCUGUGCACUGGUGUGUAUUGUUGCCAGUCUGUAGGUAUAUACUCUAUUCCAAGGAUGUUCUGUUCUUCACAGGUGCUUUUUUUUCCAGCUUAUAGACCACAGAUUUACUGUAAGAGGCAAUAGAAACCCAUUCCAAGUUUUGUUCAUUUGCACACAAACAUGUGCAGAUUUUUACUCUUUUUAAAAUAAAAUAAAAAAAGUGUCGAUAAUAGCGUCAUUUUUAUUAAGAUUUCAUCUUCACCUUUCUGAGUGUUAUUCCUAAAAAUAUGAAAUGUGUCGUGUUAUCAGGACCCCUUCCUAAUCCCUAACCCCGUACACGAGCAAACUUUAAUUUUGAAAUCAGACUAAGCGUUACACAAGGCACCCUGUCUAAAAGCUCUCAGCUGUUUGGGAGUUUGAUUUAAACAGCAUGCUUUUUUUUAACUUUUAAUGAGAUCAUCCUGAGGCACUUGGAGGCGAACAGUGGGUUUUCAUCGUCAUAGCAAUAGGAAUACCCAAUGAGGAGGCUCGCUGCUCCUGUCCGGUUACAGUUUUGUGACUGCAAUCGCCAGUCCUCAAAAAACUAACACACUUGUACAUGACUGUAUGUGUAUAGAGGUAAACUGAAGCCAUAGUUCUAUCAGAAAGUUUCCUUUAAACUCCCCAACACACUCACACGCGUAGAGUCCUGAUUAAUCAGAGAUUAUACCAGAUUUAUUUUUGAUACUGUUGGAGGUUUGGUAUCCAAGUGUUUUGGUUAUAUCACAAAGAAACGUUUCACGAGGCUGUGUGUUGUCUGUGUUUGUGUUUACCUUCUCAUCUGUAACUGCAACAUGUGCGUCAGUCCAGUAUUGGUGACCAAAAGAAAAAGAAAACAAACAAAAAAAACUGAACAGAGAGAAAACACAACCUCUCUACUCGUGGACCAGGAAAGUAGCAGGUGGACUUUAAGUUUGAUCAGCAGACGUGUCCUAUCUUCCUUUGUGUGUGUGUGUGUGUGUGUGUGUGUGUGGGUUUCAAAGAUGUAUUUGUUUUGGGCAUUACUUGAACCCUUAAUUUUGUUUUUUCUAUGUCUUUUUUUUCCGUAAUGUAAGUCUUGUUUGGGGAGUGACAGUUAUUUGCUGAAACAUUCACUGCCAUAUUAUGGAGACAUGUAACAACAUGAAUUAAAAGAUAGUUUUUUACUUUUUCA